UUUCGAUUCUGCGAUAGCUGGUAUUUUAAAGCUAGUCAAGUUAAAUGCUAACUUCCGGUUUUCACUUGCAAAUUAAAAGUUACGUUGCCUGACAACAAGCUGGAAUUUCGAAACAUUCUCGGGUUUUAUUUUGAUAAAACAUGGCUUAUAUUCCGGUUUGGUGAAUUCUCACUUUACUGUUUGUGUUAGGAGGAUUGUAAAUUUCAAGUACAGUAUUUAAACGUCCUCGUAGUCAAUGUCAACAAUGUAAUCUAAUCGCAGGUAUUCGCAACUAAUUUUUUUUCCCUCGCACAAACUAAACAAAGCAAAACCGAGGAAAACUCAUCCUAGUAGUUGAGUGUCGAAUGAAGGGCGUGGAGCAGAAGUGUGACACGUUACGUCAUUUUUAAGUUUCUUUUCUCGGGAAAACGAUGAGAGUGCCUCACUUUGACUGACAACCAUUGUUUGUCGUGGCUUGAAAUUUCUUUUAAAGAUAUAAACGCAUUUCAUUGACGGCAAUAGACGUCCAAUCCUAAUACUCUGACUCCCAGUCAGGCCCGUCGACAGGGGGAGGAUAACCAGACGAUGUCUGACACCGAGCUGGUCAAGAAAAUGCUGAGGGUCAUCCUCCAAGCCAAUAAGGGUGGAAUUUCGCUGUCCCGUCUGGAGUCUGAGUACAAGGAGCUGACGGGUGAACAGAUUCCACAUAAGCAGAUGGGACACAACCAUCUGGACGCUCUGCUGGCCAGCAUUCCCUCUGUUGUCCGCGUGGAACGCAGCCGCUCUGGAGAGGCGGUGUAUUUGGCAUCUGUGGACAAAGACACGGCCCAUGUUGCCAAGGUGACGGCUCGACAGCGGGGCUCCAAGAAGACUGGGCGACCCCACCUGGUGAACACCCAGAUGAGGGUCAAACCAACGGCCCUGCUUGUCCUCAAUGCAGCAAAACCUCAAACGUCUCUGAGGCAGCCGAAUCACCGCGGACGAGGCGGGGCGAGAGGAGGUGGCGGCCGAGUUACCGGACAUGGCGAUUUCAGACAUACCGAGGGCAGGACGGGGUCGCAACAGUUGAAGAUCUCCAACCAGAACAUACCCAGCAGGUCAGAAAAGAGGAUGAUGCUCCCAUCCCGCUUUCAAAAGGAGGUACAAGCUCACCUUUCCAAGAAUUCACAACAGACUAGUCCAUCUUCGCAUUUCACCGAGAGUUUGGACUCUGGCAAAGGCAAAGUCUACAAUCCUCAGCAAGUCCAAAACUGCAUUCGAGAUAUCCUGUCCCAAUACAGCAAUGGCUUCUGGGUGUCCAAAUUGCCGCAGAUCUACAAAGAGCUUUAUAAACAAGACUUGCCAAGCGAGGCCAUCCGAGACCUGGAGACCUGGAAACACAUAUGCACUGUAGAGAGAACAUGCAGCAGUAACCCAUCUGAGCUGCUUCUCUACCCUGCCAAGGAGCCAAAGAGUACCACACCAGACAAACCGCCGCAGUCCCCUGUCACCCAGAGACUUCCACUGAAACGUUCCGACACACAUCCUUCGACGUCACCCAGUCCACCGUCCUCGCCGACUUCCCUCAGCCCAGAACUGAAGUCGAAGCUGGAGGAACUCCUGCUAAAGUACUCCAGCGGACUUUGGGCUCACGCCCUGCCGAAGCUAUUCCAGGACACCUAUAAAACUAAACUGCCAGGAUACGUCCUCGAUAACCUUCACCUUCUGUCCGACAUCUGUACCAUCGACUACCCUAUGCCGGACAACCCCAAGAAGGCUAUUAUGUACAGGAGGAGCAGCAGCAGUGGCGGUGCGGGAGGAGAAGACGAGGACUCUAACAGGAGAAGCUCGUUGGCCAGCGAGGAGGAGCAGAGACCGAAGCAAGAACCAGAGAAGACUCUCUGCAAUCGCUCCAUACCUACGCUGCACAUACCAAAAGAGGAGUAUCCCUCAGUCUUGGUGGUUGAAGCCACCAACACCAACGAAGUCGUUUUGAGGUACAUAGGUGAGAGUUACUCCCAGGCGCAGGAGCGCAUGGAAGAUGAAAUGAGGGAAUUUUACAACCAGGACAAGCAGAAGUCGAGUCCUUGCUCAUCUCCGUUCUCGGGUCAACUGGUGGCUGUCAAGACUGAGGAGGAGGAGGUUCUGAGAGCUCAGGUGUGCGAGCUCAUGGCGGAUAAAGUUAAGGUGCACUUUGUGGAUCAUGGCUUCUCAGAAGUCAUCAGCAAAGGGAAAAUAUUCGAGCUGCAUGAGAAGUUCUUCGCACUGCCUUUCCAAGCCACCAAGGGCAAACUCGCAGGCCUGGAGCCCUUUUGCCAAGAGGCGGCUGUGCUGAAGACAUUUGAAGCCAUGGCAAGCGGCCGCAUCCUUUUGGCAGAAAUCCUGCAGAGAGCGCAGACCCCUUUGGUGGUGUUGUAUGACACGUCGCAGGAUGAUGAUGUCAACAUCAACGCCGCCUGCAUGAAAGCUCUGCAGGACAAGACUCUGACCAGUCCCUUACAGGUGAACAGUGCUUACAUGAACGUGACUGUCACCAGCGUCUGCUCUGACGGGACCAUCUACUGUCAACUACCCUCCAGAGGUCUCGCCAAACUCUGUGAGGUCCUCGAGAAUGUCGAGACUUACUUCCACUCGCAGGUCACGUCAGAGUUCUUGGUGUCUCGACCGUUCUGCGGCAAAGGUUGCUUGGCUCGGUACAAAGGCAAAUGGUCCCGUGUUGAAAUAACAAACCUGCACGGCAGCAGAGUGUUGGAUAUCCUCUUCCUCGACGUGGGAGUCCAAGCUUCCGUGGAGGUGUUUGAGCUAAGGGAGAUCCCACAGAAGUUCCUCCGGGACUUUAUGGCUAUCCCGCCACAGGCUAUCAAAUGUUGUCUGGCGGACCUGUCCGUUAGCAUCGGGUCGUGGACUCCUGAUACUGUCCAGUGGCUUCGGGAGAAAGUUCUCAACACCACAGGCUGCAGCAUGAAGGUGGCCAAAGUGGACAAAAGCAAUCAGUGUGUCUACGUUCACCUCUUCACUGAUAAGAACUUCCACGACCCCGCCUGUAGUCUCAACCAUCAAAUGGCUCGAUCUGACCUGUUCAAACAGCAACCUGAUGUCUACUUGACGAGCCAUAGUCCCGUCAAGAUCUCCACAGUCAGCAGUGGUGGCAUUACCAACGGCAGUCCAAUGUCUACUUCGGUCGCAACCAAGCCUCACCUGAGAAGGGUACCGUCUGCACCCAAGGGGAGCAGUCACACAACAAGCAGCAGCCUAUCCGGAGCUCAGCCGGUCCCUUCAUCUUCUCUCCAACUACCACCCCUGCUUGAACUGCCCCCUGCAGGUAACAACAUGGACGUUUACGUACCGGUGGCGUGCCAUCCAGGCCACUUUGUGCUCCAACCUUGGAGGGAUAUGUACAAACUGGUGGUGCUGAUGGGCGAAAUGAUUCUGUUUUACAACCAAACCGAUGAAACGCCUCCGAAUGUGCAGAAGAAUCAGAUAUACGCCGCUAAGGUGGAGAACAACUGGUAUCGCGUUUUAGUGAAGGGGGUUCUCAGCAAUGGGCUGGUGUCCGUUUACCAGUUGGACUACGGUAAGCACGAGCUGGUUAGUUGCACACAGCUGAGAUCUCUAAACAAGGAAUUCAGACAGCUCCCCUUCCAGGGAGUCACCGCUCAGCUGGCUGGCGUGAAGACGAAGCAGUGGUCCGAGGAAGCGUCCAUUGUCUUCAGGAACCACGUGGAGAAGAAGCCUCUUGUAGCCCAGCUGGAGGCCGUGCAGGAAGCUGCCAACCCUUGGGAAAGGAAGUUGACGGUCUUCUUGGUUGACACAUCCCAACAAGAUAGCGACAUCUGGGUGCACGACAUCAUGGCCGAGUUUGCCGACGAACUCACCGGCGACGUGUAGCGCUAGUUUAGUCUCUAAAGAGUAUAUCCAUUGAUGAAUAUUUCCUGGGACUGAAAGUAGAAUGGAAGCAACUGACACUUGACCAAAUGUGAUUUCAGUGACUGCUGUGUUCUAUUUGCAAGGUAGCAUGAAGAUCAUUGAAGUUGAUGAACGUAUUCAAGGCAUCCAUUCAUUCCCUUGUUCUCACUUGCUACGCAUUUAACGUUCAAGCAAAGCUCUGAGCUGGACUUUAAACUAAUUUAUUACUGAAUGGAAUCUGUUAUAUUUAACAAUGAGACAAAAAGCUGUGGAAUAAAGCGGUAAAUUCAUUCUUGAGUAGCGGUGUGACAAUCGGGGGCGCUGACAGCAAGGGGUUCUGAGGAUCUUAUUUUGAAUGAAUGAAUGAAAUAUUUACUGUCAUCAUCAUCGGUAUCAUUGACAAUCAUUGACAAUUACAAAAUGUGAUAUCAUUCGCCCGAAGGAACCGAAGAAGGAGACAAAGGCAGACGGGAGGAAGCAUAUGCUUAUCAGUUUCCCGUCCCCCAUACAACUAAAGACGCACAUUCAGACAAGGUACAUACAUCAGAUGGCCACAAACUACAAUAACACAAUCAACAAUCUGGAUUUACAAUGACUCAGCGUCCAGUCAGGCAGCUCGAUUAAUUUCAGGUCGUACAAUUUCAUAUCCCUGACAUUUUUGCCUCUGUUUGCUGUGGGAACAUUUUGUUGUGGCUAUGUGUGUGGCAAAAGUGAUUAUGUGUUAUCACAGCUGGUGUGAGUAGCGACUCAAAAUGCUUUUCUUAUAAGUCCUUAAAAAGAUACAUUCCUAAAGUGUACAUGGUGGCAACAAUUGGCGCACACAAAGAUCACUGUAACAGUUUCAUCAGACAUGAAUGUAUGAGGAAAAUCAAACAACAUGUUGUACAUAUUUUAUCCCAAGAUUAAUGUCUCCACAACAAAAAACGUGCUUAUUAUUGGUUUUAUACAGUAUCUUUUCCAUAUUUCUCGUUUUCAGCGCGAAUUAACUGGAGC